GAUGCAUGUUCAUUCUUCACUGUAACACCCUUUCCUUUCAUUUAUUGCCUGGGGAGUGUGAGCAAACGAGGCAGAAAUGAAAGUCACCAACAACACAACACAAAAGCAACCAAUUUUCUUUUUCUCUCUCUUUCCCUCAUUUUCUAUAUCAGUUUCCUCACCUUCUCAAUUUUUGAACGAGACACAGUGAGGAAACUGAACCCUUUUGUUUAUUCAGCUAAAAAAUCACACCAUUUUUUUUUUCUUUUUAUUUCGGGGAUAGUGAUUUUUAUCAGAGAAUCUAAGGGUUUUGUAGGCAGAACUUCAGGUUUAGCAAUGAAGAAGGUUCCCAAGAAUAGCUGCAAGUCUGCAUCACACAGGCUCUUUAAGGACAAGGCGAAGAACCGCGUGGAUGACUUGCAGCUGAUGUUCCUGGAUCUGCAGUUUGCUAGGAAGGAGAGCCGCACGGUCGAUGCUGCGGUGCUUGAGGAGCAAGUCCAUCAAAUGCUUCGCGAGUGGAAGGCCGAGCUCAACGAGCCCUCACCUGCUUCUUCGCUGCAGCAAGGUGGCAGUCUUGGGUCAUUCUCCACCGAUAUCUGUCGGCUAUUGCAGCUUUGUGAGGAGGAAGACGAUGCCUCUAGUCAGUUAGCUGCUCCUAAGCCUGAACCUAAUGAUCAGACUCUGCAGGUUGGGGGUAAGGUCAUGUUCCAAGAGGGACAACAGCAACAUGAUUUCCCAUUUGUUGAUGAGUGCAAACACUUCACCUCAAGUGUUCAAAAUGUGGCAGCUAACAACCCAGAUGGACAUGAUUUAGAAUAUCAUCAGUUUGAUUUACAUCAGGACUAUGAUCAUGGCUUUUAUACUGGUUUUAAUGGUACAGGUUAUUGUGAGGAGGAUGCUAUUCCUCAUAUAUCUAGCUACCUACCAAGUAUCUGCCCUCCUCCUUCUGCUUUCUUAGGCCCAAAAUGUGCACUUUGGGACUGUCCAAGGCCUGCACAAGGGUUGGACUGGUGUCAAGAUUAUUGCAGUAGCUUUCAUGCUGCCCUAGCUCUGAAUGAAGGGCCACCAGGCAUGGCCCCAGUUCUACGACCUGGGGGCAUUGGGUUGAAGGAUAAUUUACUUUUUGCUGCUCUUAGUGCAAAGGCACAAGGAAAGGAUGUUGGCAUCCCAGAAUGUGAGGGAGCUGCAACUGCAAAGUCUCCAUGGAAUGCACCUGAGCUCUUUGAUCUGUCUGUUCUUGAAGGUGAGACUAUUAGGGAGUGGCUCUUCUUUGAUAAGCCUCGAAGAGCAUUUGAGAGUGGAAACAGAAAGCAAAGGUCAUUGCCAGAUUAUAGUGGACGUGGUUGGCAUGAAUCCAGAAAGCAAGUGAUGAAUGAAUUUGGAGGGCUGAAGAGGUCCUAUUAUAUGGAUCCACAGCCACUGAACCAUUUUGAGUGGCACCUUUAUGAGUAUGAGAUUAGCAAGUGUGAUGCAUGUGCCUUGUACCGAUUGGAACUGAAGCUUGUUGAUGGUAAGAAAAACUCCAAGACAAAGGCAGCAAAUGAUUCAGUUGCGGAUCUGCAGAAGCAGAUGGGAAGGCUCUCUGCUGAGUUUCCACAUGACAACAAAAGGGCUGCCAAAGGCAGAGCCAAAAUCAACACCAAAGUUGGCAUAGGUGGUGGUGUCUAUUCAGCUUCACACAGAGUGACUCCACUGAAUGGAACAUAUGAGUAUGGGUUAGCUGCACCAUAUGACUAUCUUGUUGACAACAUGGGUGACUAUUAUGGAACAUGAUCUAUAUGGAAUGAUCUGCAAGAUGCUGCAUUCAACUUGGCUAUACACUAUUUUGUGCUGGUUUUUUAUUUUGCCCGCCUAAAUGCUUGUUUUUUUUGUCCUCCUUUUUUAAAGUUACAAGAAAUCAAGGUCAUUUUUUGCGUUGUCAAGAUAUUUUGUGAAUAGCUCAUUCUCACUGGAGUGCAGCAUUAGAAGCCGCUGGAUGCUGAAUUCUAACUGCAAAAUUUGGUGUAUAGUAUAUAUGAUGAGCAAUUUGGUGAAUGCUAGAAUCUCAUUAGCAUCACUCUAAUUGACCUAUCGUUUAGGCUAAAAAAUUGCUGUGAUUCAGCUGACUAUAUUUUCCAAAUCAUGCUAAUGUAAGUUGAUUACAAUAUUUUAUGGUAUUAGCUACUGGACAAACCUUCGAUGGUACAUUAUAUUGGCUCAGUAAUAAAAUUGUUUUAGUCUCCUUUUGAGUCAUUUGUCUAUAA